AUGGAGGCUGACCGUCCGCUGCUCAUGAUUCCGGGACCCAUCGAGUUCUCGCCCGCCGUGCUGAAGGCCACUGGCGAGCCGUCGCUCUCGCACGUUUCGCCUGACUUCAUCAACCUCUUCAGCGAGGCGCUCGUCCUCCUCCGCCAGGUGUUCUUGACCACCAAGGCCCAGCCCUUCGUCGUGUCGGGCUCCGGCACCCUAGGAUGGGACAUGGUGGGCGCCAACCUGCUCGAGCGGGACGAGAAGGCCCUGGUGGUCUCCACCGGCUACUUCGGUGAUCGCUUUGCCGACUGCUUGGAGUCGUUCGGUGCGCAGGUCACGAAGCUGAAGGCGGCCACGCUCGGCGAUUGCCCCAGCGUCGAGGAGCUCAAGCAGGCCCUCUCCCAGGCCUCCUACAAGCUCGUCACCCUCACCCACGUGGACACGUCGACGGGAGUGCUGACCGACGUGAAGAGCUUCGCCAAGGCCAUCCGCGAGGUGUCCCCGCAGACGCUUGUCGUUGUCGACGGCGUGUGCGCCACGGGUGCGGAGGAGUUCCGGAUGGACGAGUGGGACGUUGACGUCUGCCACACCGCCUCCCAGAAGGCCAUCGGCGUGCCGCCCGGCCUCGCCAUUCUCCUUGCCAGCCCUCGCGCCAUGGAGGUGUUCGCGAACAGGAAGACGCGUCCGGCGGGUUACUUCAUCGACUGGAACCGGUGGCUGCCGAUCAUGCAGAACUACGAGGCCAAGAAGGGCAGCUACUUCGCCACGCCGGCGGUGAACCUGGUCAAGGCGCUCAACGUGAGCCUCAAGGAGAUCCUGGCCGACGGCGGCAUGGAGAAGCGGUUCCAGGCCCACGUCGACGCCUCGCGGAAGGUGCGCGAGGCCAUCCGCGCGUUCGGCCUCGAGUUCAUCCCCGUGCGCGAGGAGCUCUUCGCCCACACGCUCACCGUCGUGCGGCUGCCGGCGGCGGUGACCGACGGCGCCAAGUUCCUCGGGUCGGUGAAGCAGCACGGCGCGGUGCUGGCCGGCGGCCUGUUCCCCGAGAUCAAGUACUUCCGCAUCGGGCACAUGGCCUACUCGGUGGUGAGCGAGGCCGAGCACGGCCACGUCCUCCGCACCCUCAAGGCCAUCGAGGCCGGCCUCCGGGACUGCGGCUACGCGGUGCCCGAGGGCGCAGCACUGCCCAACAAGCUCUAA